AUGAAGUUUGAAGAUCUUCUCUUAGAGAUAAAUGGCUUUGGAAGGUUCCAGAAGAUGAUCCUUGCCUUCGUGGGGCGUUUGACCUUACCACGUCACUUCCUGGUAAACAACUUCAUUGCGAGUAUCCCACCCCACCACUGUGACAUCAGCGGUCUGGAUGCUGCGGGCGUCUUUGGGAAUCUGUCAGUGGAGGAGAGACGGACGGUCAGUAUCCCGAUGCAGGCGGAUGGGACGCUGUCUUCCUGCCUCAUGUUCCCAGAGCCCCAGUUCUACCGGCUGCUCAACACCUCCAGCAGCACCGGACUUCCUGCAGAACCGUGUAGAAAUGGAUGGGUGUACGACAACAGCACCUUCACCUACGACAACUGAGGAAGAUUCCCAAUUCUCAAUUCCCGAGUAAAAUGGCCUGGAAGUAUCUUUGUGCCUGCUAUAACAAGAGUUACUGGUGCUUCGAUGUGUUCUUUUCUUGUAUGCUUUAGCAUGGGAUACUGGACCAUCCUUUAGUGUUGUUGUUGUUGUUGUUGACAUGGUGUUGUUGUUCUGUUGUUGGUGUAAUGUUGGGUAGGGAAUUGGACUAGUAGAAACCUGAAGAGCUGAGGGUUCAAAUCACAGCUGACAUAGUUGUGUCCUUGAGUACUUUUCCUGCUGUUUUUCUC